AGACAUAUAGGGCACGAAGCGAACUAAGUUGAUCGUUAACAGUCUUGAUUGCCUUUUUGGGUAAAUAUUUCAGCUCUCAGCCAAUCACAUUUCGGAUCUCCUGUUACACCAAGCCAUCCCCUGUAGUAACCUCGAAUACGAACCGACCAAUCAGGAUAACUCUGAAUAGAGAUAUCUCAAAGUUAAAAAUGGCAUCCCAAGAGAAACCGACCAUCCUCCUCAUCCAUGGAGCGUGGCACAUUCCUCUACACUACCGCUCCCUAAUCGACCCACUCCGGAGUAGCGGGUACACGGUCCUAGCGCCAUAUCUGGUCACAACCGGCUACGACGACUCAAUAGACGGCAAAACGCACGCUGACAGCACUAAUCAGAUCCGCGAGUACCUUCGCCCGCUGCUGGAUCAGGGCCGCAAGAUUCUCGUAGUAGCGCAUAGCGCCGGCGGCGUCGUCGCAACAGGGGCUGCCGCUGGCCUGACGCUCGAGGACCGUGCCGCUCAGGGUCUUCCAGGCGGUAUCAUUGGCAUCGUGUAUAUCGCCGCGCUUGUCGAACCAAAGCACGGUCGACCCGACGAGCCCAUACCGUUUCCGCCUGGCUGGACAGAUUUCAAGAAACGGCCCGUGCCUGAGGAUCUGGCCCGGAUGCUGUUCUACGACGAUGUUGAGGAAUCGAGGCAAAACAAGGCUCUUCAGAUGCUCCAUUGGCAGAGUGAGAUGACUUAUGACCCGGAGGAAUCGGAAACGGUAGUUGAAGUUCGGACCCCUAAGACGUUUGUUGUGUGCAAAAAGGAUAAGAUUGUUCCACCUGACAAACAGUACCAACGUGCUGCUGAGAUAGGUGCUACACUCGUGGAGCUUGACUGCGCUCAUAGCCCGUUCCUGUUAGAUAAGGAGACGGAAGUGUUGUUGGAUGUUAUCACUAAGGCCGCUAAAGUUUAAAUUCUUCUUGCUAUAAUGUUAUCAUAGUAGAAGUUUACGCCGUUCAUGUCGUUAUAGCUUCUUUUCCUGAUAUUCUUAUAGGAUGAAAGAAGAAUAAGACGACGAAGACAAAGGAGAUCACGGGACAUUACUACAUAUAUCAAGAUAGUGAAC